UUCACAGCAUCCAGGCAUCCACACACACAAGCCUGGUGAGAUGAGUCCACAUCAUCCGCUCAUCCACACUACAGGUCUCCUAUACCUCAUCCUCAUUAUACUUAAUGUGGUGGUGGUGGUGGUGGGAGACGAGCAGGAGUACCGACUCACUCGUUACUUGAUGGCCAACUACGACUCCUCGGUCAGGCCGGCUGCCAACUCUUCACAGGCUCUCUCCGUGGUCUUCGGCGUCUCCCUCCACAGCAUCAUCGACGUGGACGAGAAAACCACUCCUGACUACAAACGCUGUGGCAGACACGAUUUGGACAGGAUAGCGCACCUCACUUGGAACUCGACGGACUUCGGUGGAAUCCAGGUGAUCAGAGUGCCUUACCAGCGAGUGUGGAAGCCGGAUAUUAUUCUCUAUAACAACGCGGACGGUCAGUACCUGCUGCCACUAAUCAACACCAAUGUGAAAGUUACGUCGGCGGGGGAAGUACCUGCCUCUCUCCAUGGCAUCUACCGGUCCUCAUGUGACAUGAACGUCGAGUACUUCCCCUUCGACAUCCAGUCCUGCAAGAUGAUGUGGGCUUCUUGGACCUACGACGGAUACCAGCUGGACCUGGUGAAGCAGAUGGACUCUGGGGAUACGUCCAACUACCAGUCCAACGGAGAGUUCGACCUGCUGGAGUUCACGGCGUCAAAGAACAUCACCUACUACUCGUGCUGCCCUGAAGCCCUACCAGACCUUUACCUCACCAUUAAACUCCGACGUCGACCCAUGUUCUACGUCUUCAACCUCAUCCUGCCCUGCGUCCUUAUCAACGGGAUAGGCUUGUACUACGGAGUGACCAUCUGCCUUGUGAGUCUGUCCUCGGGCAUGUCUGUGGUGACUCUCAAUAUCCACCACCGAGGUGGCCGAGGCACCGAAGUGCCGAAAGUCGUUAAGAAGUUGGUUCUUGGAGGUCUAACCAAGUGUCCUCUUCUUCAGUUUCACCCGCUGGCUCACGAAGAUAAGAGGCCCCACCUGAACCAGGACCUGAGACCAGAACUCGGAGUGAGGCUGGAUUCCAUCAGCACAGAGAAGUUCCAUAUGUCUGACAUAGACAGCGUUGAAUUUUAUAACACAUCUCCAAGGUUCAUCCCUCGGAGACAUAACGCCACCAAUUAUGAUUCUACGCCCACGCCCGCGUCUACAACCAUGCACACCUCAGAUUUUGAACAUCAUUUCAUCCGGGUUUUGAACAAAGUUCACCAGACGAUUGAGAAGAAUGAACUGAGGCUGGCUGAACAGGACAGGAAGGAAGCCACACGUGUAGAGUGGCAGCAGGUGGCCCUAGUGUUCGACAGACUACUUCUUGCCUGCUUCCUGCUGUCUACAGUGAUUGCUACCACCAGCAUCCUCUUCUCAUCUCCCCACGGUCCCUGACGCCACAGCCUCAAGCAACCACACCACCACCACCACCACCACCAACAACACCACCACCACCACUACUACCACCACCAACAUCAACACACCUCGCGCCAACAGUGAAAAUUUAUAUAAUCUGAGUUUGCUGUCAGUGUUCCUGAUCUUCGUCACCAGGACCAACAAGAACAAGAGGAAGUACAAGAUCAUAGGCAACAACAGGAGACAAAGAUGGCACAAUACCGUGACUGGAACAAUAUACGUACAUGGGGGGAAAGAAGCUUACGACGAUGUUUCGGUCUGAGUUGGACCAUUGACUAGACAUACAACAACAAAUAACAGUGACAGUGAUGGCGACAACAACACCAGUGACAACAACAAUGUCACCAACAGCACUACCACCACAGUCAACAAUAAAACGACACCAACAACACACCACCAUCACGAAAAACAAAAACAACACCACCAUCACCACCACCACCAACAAAACAACAAUUAAUAACAAAAACAACAACAAAAUCAACACCCCCACCA